AUGAUACACUGGCUUUGGGCCAUCUUGGCCACAGCCAUCGUCAAGACAUCAGCCCAAGACUGUUUCGAGGAGUCCAUCUUGGAAGCCGGAGAUGCUGACGCACUCCGCUUGCUGCAGGGCCGCGUUGCUCGCAGGAGCUUUGCCGUGGAGUUCGCAGACUCCGCUUUGGCAGCUGCAAGCGCAGAUUUCGACUCCGCCGAGUGGAAGCAGAUCGGCAGCAGGAGUAGCAGCGCGUGUGGCUAUGCUUUCGCGCUGCUGAUCCUCGCCUCGUUUGCGGGCAUCUGCGUGGAAUGGCUGGCACGGGGCCAACUUCAUCGGACCUUGAUUUCCCUGCUCCUCAUUGCGGAGUGCCUAACUUCGGCAACGUACACAGUGGUCGUGCCUCUGUCCUACGACCUGGCCACUCAUCUGGGGCAGGGAAGCGCCUUUUCCGGGCUCAUGGUGUCGGCCCCCUUUGCUGUUUACCUGGCAGGUGCACUCCGUGCCAGAUGGGUGAUGAUGUCAUGGAACCAGGCAAAAGUCUGUACCUACAUCGUUGUAGCCUACGCGGUCUAUGUGCUUUCCACCGCGCUCUGUGCCGCUGUUGUCCACCCGCCUGGCUUUCUAUUCCUAUCCGGCAAUGCAACUCUUCGCGCCAGCCUGCUACUCUUCCUGCGCAUGAGCUACGGCCUCGUCGACAGCGUCGGCGAUGUCAUGCAAAUGAUGGUGGUGAAGGUGAGCCCGCAGGAAGAGCUUCGAGAACUGAUGGUCAGCAUGUUUGCCUCCAAUGCUCUGGGUUUUGGCCUCGGCCCUCUGCUGAGCGGCGCGAUUGGAGACGUGGUGCAGGUGUCAGAUGUGGAACUCCGCGCUUGCAUUCCGCUGAUUGUAUUGGCACUUCUUUGGACGGCACUUCUGCUUGUGGCUGGGCACAUCUUGGCACUACAAACCUGA